AUGAAUUCUUCCAAUGAUAAAUCACUAGGAAACUUUGUACUACCAUGGUGCUCAUUGGGAAGAGUUUACGAAAGGAGAAAACCACGAAAAGUUAACCCACAUAGUAUAAAACCGUUCUAUCCUCGUCGCGAAAACAUCUGGGAAUAUUUGAACGAUGAUAAGGCAAAAAACUUCGACGUUGAAGAGAAAAAAGCUAAGAAAAAAAUUAACAAACAAACGCUAAUUAAGCGCUCCAAAAGCAAAAACGCUAAGUUACUCAUAUUUUUCUUGCUUGCUUUGGGAUUUACGAAAACCCCACAAACUAAGUCAAUAGAAACAGGAUACAUAAACGGAGCUAUAGCUGUGAAGGGUAGCAACACAACAGAGUGGGGAGGAAAUGUCGCCUUUUGGGGUGUAGUGCCUUUAUGGCGUAAUUCUCCACCACCUGAUACGGUUUUAAAAUUGCGAAAACCUACGCCUUCCGAUUGUUGGCCUUUUAGAGGCUCAUUCGGUGAAAUCGUAAUAGAAUUACCGAAACUAAUGCACGUGGAUAGACUGAGUGUAGAGCACAUACGACCGGAUACCGCGCAUAGUGCACCGAAACAUUUUAAAAUUUAUGUAAGCUUA